UUUAACACGUGCACUCUUCCUAACCUAUUGUAACCACUUUGCUAAUACCACUAAUACAGUCAACACAGAAAAGCUAAUAAACUUUAGCAACUUUAUCAAAAAGGGAAAUUCGCGUUGUGUUAACACAGCGUUUAAAUGAACGCGUGUAAACAUGUUGACAACAAAGGUCUUUUUCAGAAAAACGAAGGGAGGGAAUAUAUUCAAGACCGUCAGAGAGCAUUAUCUCAGAGAUGAUAUCCACUGUGGCUUUAAAACGUGUACAAAUUGCAAAGGGAAGCCUCGGAAUAUGUUGGACGUAGAAGAUGCUAGUGCAAAAUCUUCCUUAAUUACAAGUCCAUAUUUUCUUAUACUUGACACAAAUAUAAUUCUGGAUCAAAUAGACAUACUAGAGGAAGAUACUAUCACCAACGUGAUUAUCUUGCAAACAGUACUGGAAGAAAUUCGACACAAAAGCUCCACUGUAUAUAAAAAAUUGAAGGAAAUCAUAGGAAGUGCAAAGAGACAAUUUUUUAUCUUUGUCAAUGAACAUCAUCGGGAGACUUAUAUUGAGAGAGAACCAGGUGAAAAGACAAAUGAUCGUAAUGACAGAGCGAUACGAGUUGCAGUUAAAUGGUAUAAUACUCAUUUGAAUGAUGAUAACAAUAUAAAGAUUGUUUUGCUAACAGACGAUGCGGAAAAUAAAGCACGUGCGGCUGAAGAGGGAAUAUUUGUUUUGUCAAUGGAAGAUUAUAUUGCCUCAUUGGAGAAUGCGUGUUUCUUACUAGAUAAAUUAAGUAAACGUUCUUAUGCUUCGAAUAUUCAAGGCCCAGAAUUAUUUCCCUGUCAUCUAACACCCGCGGAAGUGCAUGACGGCAUAUCAUCGGGAAAACUGUUACAAGGAACAUUUUUGGCAUCAAGGGAAAAUUUCCUCGAAGGAAAUGUAAAUGUUGAAGGAAGAGAUAAACCUAUAUUUGUGCAAGGACGAUCGCAUCUUAACAGGGCAGUUGACGGUGAUAUAGUCGCAAUUGAAAUACUGCCAGACGAUCAAUGGUCAUCACCUAGUGAAAUUGUUUUGCAAGAUGAAGAGGGUGCAGAUGCUGAUGAAGUUACGGAAGAUGAGAAAGUGCUCCGUAAACAGAGUUCGUUAAAAAUACAAGAAAAAAUACCUACGGGCAAAAUUGUCGGUAUUAUCAGAAGAAAAUGGAGACAAUAUUGUGGUAUAUUGCAGCCGAGUGCGAUUAAAGGGAAUGUGAGGCAUCUGUUUGUUCCGGCCGAGAGGAAAAUUCCGAAAAUAAGGAUUGAAACUAGACAAGCUGAGAUACUGAGUAAGCAAAGAAUUAUCGUCGCGUUGGAUUCAUGGCCGCGAAACUCGAAAUACCCGCUCGGUCACUUUGUACGAGCACUUGGUAAUAUAGGAGACAAAGAGACGGAGAAUGAGGUGUUGCUUUUAGAACACGAUGUUCCGCACAGCCGUUUCUCUGAUGCUGUUCUUAGCUUUCUUCCAAAGCUACCGUGGAUCAUUACGGAACUAGAUGUUGCACAAAGAGAAGAUCUUCGACAUUUGGAUAUUUGUUCUGUGGAUCCGCCAGGCUGUACCGAUAUUGACGAUGCAUUACAUUGUAGAAAUUUACCAAACGGUAAUUUCGAAGUCGGUGUGCAUAUCGCGGAUGUAUCCCAUUUUAUAAGACCUGGAACCGCCUUGGAUAAAGAAGCAGCGUUACGCGCUACCACUGUGUAUCUUGUCGAUAAACGAAUCGAUAUGGUUCCAGAAUUGCUUAGCUCAAAUCUUUGUUCAUUGCGAGGCAAAGAAGAACGAUUUGCAUUUUCCUGCAUAUGGGAAAUUAAUCCUAACGCAAAUAUAAUCAGUACGAGAUUCUGCAAAUCUAUAAUUUGCUCGCGUCAAGCAAUGACGUAUGAAGAAGCUCAAUUGAAAAUUGACGAUGCCACUCAGCAAGAUGCUCUCGCGGUAUCAUUGAGAGGAUUAAAUCAAUUAGCAAAGAAGUUAAAAAAGAAACGUCUAGAGAAUGGUGCUUUAACUUUAGCAUCACCAGAGAUACGUUUCCAAGUUGAUAGUGAAACACACGAUCCUAUUGAUGUGGAAGCAAAGAAGAUGAGAGAGACUAAUUCUAUGGUGGAGGAAUUUAUGUUACUUGCAAACAUUAGCGUUGCUGAAAAAAUACUGGCAGAAUUUCCAGAAUGCGCCUUGUUAAGAAGACAUCCUGAGCCACCGCAAAAUAAUUUUGAACCAUUGAUUAAAGCUGCCAAAAAUCAGGGCUUCACUAUUAAUACAAAUAGUGGCAAGGAAUUAGCUCUAUCACUGGAAGAAACUCAUAAAGAAUCGAAUCCUUAUUUCAACACAAUGUUGAAAAUAUUAGCUACACGAUGUAUGUUGCAAGCGGUGUAUUUUAUCAGUGGAAUGCAUCAGCCAGAAGAAUUUAAUCACUACGGAUUGGCGUGCCCAAUUUAUACGCAUUUCACAUCUCCUAUUCGAAGAUAUGCGGAUAUAAUUGUACACCGACUGUUAGCUGUGUGUAUAGGUGCUGAUGCGACUUAUCCAGAGCUAUUAGAUAAGAAGAAAAAUCAUUUAUUAUGCCAAAAUCUGAAUUAUCGGAAUCGAAUGGCGCAAUAUGCCGGCCGAGCAUCAGUCGCACUUCACACACAUAUAUUUUUCCGCAAUAAGGUACAGGAUGAGGAAGGAUACAUUCUUUUUGUACGUAAAAAUGCUUUACAAGUUCUCAUACCGAAAUAUGGUUUGGAAGGCAUUUUGUAUCUAAAUAAUUCGUCGUCCGUCACGUUCACGUACAAUUCAGAGGAUCAAUCUCAAAUUUGUGGGGAUAUUGUAUUUCGAGCGUUUGAUCCUAUUGUUGUACAAAUGAGUCUGGACAGAUCCAAUGUCCAACAUGAAAAAUUAUUCUUUAAACUCGUCAAACCAGAGAUUCCAGAUUUCAGCGUUCCUCCAUUAAAUACAAUUAUUAACGCCACUUCUGAAGUAAAUGAAACGUUGAAACGGAAGUCAGAAAUUCAGCAGGAGUCAACUAACAUUCCUGACAAGAAAACCGGAAAGAAAAAGAAGAAAAAGAAGAAUUAAAGUUCUUUAAAGUUUUUUUCAAUCCCCCACAUUUAUCAGUAGUUUGUCACAUACGACUCUAUUUUUCUUGAAGUAUUAAAAAAAAUUUGAACAAAAUUGAUAAAACAUUUAUCAUUGCUAUUAACUUACAAUAACGUUGUUUAUUGAAUAUUAUAAUUUUUAACUUUGAAGCGAAUUACGAAUUUCGUUUUCAGUUUUUUUUUUUUUUUUUUUUUGUAAUAACUAAAUGCAAAAACGACGAUUUGUUAAAAUCUUUUACGGAAAUGUUACUUUGAUCGAAACCAUUUUUUAUAUAAUUAUCAAAAUUGUUAUUUAGAGAAAAAAAAUUAUACUUGGAUCUGACUCAUCCAUGUGAGCCGACAUGCUCGAUAUUCAGUGAUAUAUAAGAAAUGAUUAGAAAGAUUUUCCAAAGACUCGAUUAACACAAUGUUGUUUUCAAGUCGUUAAACAAUUAAAACCAUGAUUUGACUUUUUUAAUGGCUAGUGGACUAUAAGGUAGAAGAUGGAAAAACGAUAUAUUAAUCGUUAAUAUAUUGGUAUGGUUUUAAGUCCUCAAAUUCCUUUUAUCACCCCUUUUCUUUUUUUCUAAGAGGACAGCUGGAUAAAUAAAUUUGUUUUGUAGUUACGAUGUUAUUUUGAUAUGGACUCUCCGACACUUGUGUACAGGAAGGAUUAAGUGUAAUGCAAAUUAUAUAAUAACAAUGUGCGCAUUGGUUCUUAUAAAAAUUGUAUUCUCUCGCUACUUUUUAACAUUAUUCACAACUUAUAAAGUCUUUAUAACAAGACAGAAAUCACUGAAUUGUCUUUAGACAAUAUUCCCAUAGGAAACUUACAUGCACAGUUACACAGACAUAAAUGUCUGAUAAUUUCUCUUACUGAAUUCUCUCAUUGAAAAUUUAUUAUUAAAUACUUGAAAUUUUUCAUGUUAGAUUGAAUUUAUGAAAAAUUUGAUAACAAAAAAAGAUCUCGUGAAAUAAAAGUAACAGUUAAAUAUUAAAACAAAACAUGAAUGAUAAAAAUAAAAAAGGAAAAAUACUUAUACUGGUCAUACACUGGUUCAAUAUAAAAAAAUUUUUGAAAAGAAUAUUAGCAUAAAAACAUUAAAACAAAUAAAAAUAUAAUUAAAGUAUAAUCAAUGAGAGUAUGGUAAUAUAGAUUCAGUUGUAUGUAAUAUAUUGAAAUGGUAUGAUGCAUUUCUUAUAAAUACUGUAAAAACUUAUAAAUGAUAGAGCCAAGGAUCUAUCUUGUAACUCUAAACGACUUCAUUAUAUUGUCGUUGUAGAGAUAUUUUAUACUAUUAAAAGUUUUGCAAUGACAAUGUAACAAUGUUAUCGUUAAGAGUUACAAUUAUAAACCCUUAAUUCUUAAUUAAAUAUAAUGUAUAAAAUUAACUUUUUACAACGCGAAGGCAGUCUCAAGUUUGCUGAAAAAUUGUCAGUAUACAGCAUCAGAUUAAAAAAAAAAAAAAAAA